AUGAAAGGCAAACAGGGCCAAUGGCAGCAUCUCUAUAAGGUCUUGUCGAAACCUGGUCCCUACAGUGAUGAAGAUUGGGUCCCUGGCGUGGAGACAGUCAAUGCUCUAGAAUCUUCGAAAAUCUUAGUGAUUGGAGCUGGUGGACUAGGAUGUGAAAUAUUAAAGAAUCUGGCACUAUCGGGAUUCAAAGACAUUCAUGUCAUCGACAUGGACACCAUUGAUAUCUCAAACCUCAACCGGCAAUUUCUUUUCCGUCAGGCUGAUAUAGGCAAACCAAAAGCAGAAGUUGCCGCGGCGUUCGUGGAGAAGCGUGUCAAAGGGGUCAAGAUCACACCCUUCGUUGGUAAAAUCCAAGACAAAGAUGAAGAUUACUAUAUGCAAUUCAAAAUCGUCAUCUGUGGUCUCGACAGUAUUGAAGCUCGUCGUUGGAUCAACUCGACUCUGAUCGGAAUGGUCGACCCGGAGGAUCCGGAGAGCUUGAAGCCCUUGAUCGAUGGCGGAACUGAAGGUUUCAAGGGCCAGGCCCGUGUUAUUCUACCUACACUAUCUUCAUGCAUUGAAUGUCAACUUGAUAUGCACGCGCCUCGACCCGCAGUCCCGCUUUGCACGAUUGCUACCAUCCCGCGUCAGCCCCAACACUGCAUCGAAUGGGCCCACCAGAUUGCGUGGCAGGAAAAACGCAAGGAUGAUUCUUUUGACAGUGAUGACAUGGAACAUAUUUCCUGGGUGUACAAUGCUGCUCUACAACGGGCGCAGCAUUUCCACAUCCAUGGUGUUACUUUCCAAAUGACCCAAGGCGUGGUGAAGAACAUCAUUCCGGCCAUUGCAUCCACCAAUGCAGUGAUUGCAGCAUCCACGACCUCAGAGGUGCUGAAGAUUGCGACAUCAUGCAAUCCUUACCUCGAGAACUACAUGAUGUAUGCCGGCGAAGAGGGAGUAUACACCUACACGUUCGAGGCCGAGAAAAAGCCCGACUGCCCUGUCUGCGGUAACCUUGCACGGAAGAUGACUGUAAAUGCGGACAUGACGCUGGGUGAUUUUAUUGAUAGUCUUGGAGAGAGAGCUGAAGCGCAGUUGAAGAAGCCUAGUCUGCGGACGGAGGAAAAGACUCUGUACCAGCGCUUCCCACCUCAGCUGGAGGAGCACACCAGGCCCAAUUUGCGACUGAAGCUACGAGAGCUCCUCGAAGAUGGCGAGGAGGUUGCUGUCAGUGAUCCAGCAUACACCAUCGACUUCCGAUACAGGCUAAACUUUCAAUAA